CGGAUCAUGUGUACGACAGCUGUUCUCGUAUCAACACCCUGGUCCUUCACACUCGCAAGAAUAGUUGAGCGAUUGUUUCCAGGUUAGUACAAACGAAGAUAAUCAACAGACAACAAAUUUAAUAUCCUAAAAUCUUAGUCGACGUACAUAUGUUUUCCUUUACACAUAAAAGAAUGCGAAUUUUUCGGAUGUGAUUGAUAAAAAAAUCAUAUUUCGAAGUGAAUUACCUCAUUUAAAGUACAAUGGAAUGAUUGAAGUCGGAAUUGCAUUAGAAAUAUGGUGGCACAGUAUAUUCAUUUUCAUCUCAGUUUGGAAAAUAAUUCUGUUUCGUUUAUUUUGUAACUAAAAUCAUUUCUCUACCUUUUAUCUUUUUAUAUUUUGAACAGGUAAACAAGGUAUUCAGAUUGCAAAGAAGAUGCUGACCAAUACAUUACUUGCACCUCUUAAUAUAAGUAUCGUCUUCACAUGUGUUAUCCUUCUGCAGGGUCACACUCUUCGUACAGCUAGAAAAAAAAUUAAACAUGAUAUGCCAAAAACGUUUGUAGCUGGAACAUGUUAUUGGCCAUUCGUUUCAUUUAUUAACUUUCGUUUUAUACCAUUGAAUUAUCGACCGAUUGUUGGGAGUCUAGCUGGAGCUAUAUGGAACAUUUAUAUCUCGUCAGCUGCUAAUAAUCCAAAAUUAAAUCCAGAUGGUACUAUAAAAGCGAAAGCAGGAACAGAAACAACCUUAUUGGCUGAAACAAGUGGAACGGCAGUGCCAGCAUUACAAGAAGCAUGGAAGACAUUAGACAAUAAUAAAAAAGAUCUGUAG